GUGAAGAAACACAUUAAACAGAUGCAUGACGGAACAGCUGAGGUGAUUACACUGAGUCUGGAAGAAGCCCGCAGAACAAUACACCACUACAAGACUCACAGGCGGCAGAGUCAGCUGCGUCACUCGUUCGGAGGCGGAGGUGGAGGCGGAGGAUCCAGCCUCGAAACGAAAUUCCCAGUUUCUCCACUGCAGUGUGAGUUCAGAGAGACUGCUGAUCGAUCCGAAACCCGCCAGUGGACUCCGCCAUUACUGUUGCCAAAGGCAGUCGAGGACCGUCUCUCCAACCAGGGCACGUACGAACCUGAGGAGGGUGCACUUCCAGCGGAGGCUACAGACAGAGAGCCGACAACUGCCAUGGAGGAUGCCGCGGCGGCUCCAAUGCAAACCUCUCCCGGCUUCCGUUGCAGCACCUGCAGACGUCGACUACCGACCUGGUCGAGUCUUCAUCUGCACACGGUGUUCAAUCACGGCAAUAACAAACGCUCCUACAAGAAAGUCCUGCUCCACAAGGCCCUCUCUUCACCAUUUCCUAUCUACUUGCAGCCGAAGACCUCACCAGAAUCCUCUGCUACGGCGUUUCCCCUCUUCCAACCCAAUCAGCCGAUUCCCACAGACCGGCUAGAUAGGGCUAGCCAACCCGAGCCCAGCAUGGAAGAGACAAAUCCACUGCAAAGACGGAAGGCACAUGCACGACGGUCGCUAGUAUUGCCUAUUAUUGGCAGGCCGUCGCAGCUGAGCCCUCUGCGAAGCAGUGUCCUUGACAACUGCAAGGAGGAGGUCAUUCUUCGACCACCGCAACCACCACAACCGCUGCAGUCGAACUUUGAUUCAGACCCCCACUCCGCUGACAAAGCCUUCGAGCUGGUCAGCCUAUUGGAGCGAGUGUUACAGCUCCUGGAAGGUGCGGGUGCCACUUCCAAUCUCUCGCUUGCCGACCUACAGUCCAGCUGCAACCAGUCCCUCCUAACCUCCCUCAAGGAGCUCGCACGGGAGCAAGCCACGCAGGCAGCCUAUUCAGUGGACAAGGAAGGCAACCUGAGUGGCAGUGAAUGCCAGAACACCUCGAAUGAGGAAAACAGUACGGCUGCGUGUGAAACAAUCCCAAUGAGUGGACCAUCAGAGCGUCUCGUGGAACUAUUGCUGCAGCCCCAAGUUCAGCCACUGAUGACAAAACUGUCCGUUCUCCUCCAAAAGGCGCAGCAUCUUGGCACAACUGCACCAAGCACUGGAAUAUGA